CACCCAAGCAAACACACCCUUAAUGCUGAAACCUCUUUACAUUCUCACAGAGUCAGUCAUAGACUGAGAAGCUCUUUCGAUAAAAAAUGGCGAUAUCAUUAUCGUCUUUGUUAUCAUCAUCCUCUCAUCUACAAAGCCCGAAUUCACCAUUUCCUUUCAAUUCCCCAAACCCACUUCGUUACUUGCAACGAAUUAGAACCUUCAGAUCUGCAAAAAUCAAGGUUUUUGCCAUGUCCAAUUCCCAGAGUCUAACAACAUUUUCACCGAAAUUAGCACAUACCAACGAUGGCAAUACCUCGGCGUCACAUUUGAAACCCCUUAAAACUUUCCAUUCUCUGUUCCUUCAGUUUGCUGCUUCUUCGAUACUAUUCGUUUGCCUUGGCGCACGCGCUGCUGAUAUUAGAAAUAUCCCUCUUCUUCCACCCACCUCGAGUCAAAUAUUGAAUGAAGAUGAUGAUCGAAUUAACGGGAAAUCUGAUGCAAUGGAAAAUAUUGAAGUAGAAGAUAAGGAAUUGAAGGCCAAGUUUGAUAGUUGGAAGUCUAAGACAUUUGCUUUGACCGUUCCCUUACGAAUUGUUGCACUUCGUGGUUCCAUACCUCCAUUAUGGAUUAAGGAUUUUCUGCAAUCACAAGGAAGGAGAUUGAAACUGAGCACGGAGUUCCGUGGAAGUCUUGAUGAUGUAUUCAAUGAUUUGUCAACAUCCUUUAGCAAAAGCAAACUUGGCGCAAAGUCUGCUGUGGCAGCUGAUAUUGUUUCAGUGGGUGAUUCAUGGCUUAGUUUGGGAAUUAGCAAGGGUAUGAUUGAAUCCAUGCAAGAUGUGGAAGGGCAUGAUUGGUUUAAGGGUUUAAGCGAUAAAUGGAAGGUUUAUUUACGCAGGAACAGUGAUGGACAGUUAAAUGUUGACGGCAAGAUUUGGGCAGCACCAUACCGAUGGGGAAGCAUGGUGAUCGUAUACAAGAAGAACAAAUUUAGGAAGCAUAAUAUUGCCCCAAUAGAGGACUGGAAGGAUUUGUGGAGACCUGAGCUUGCUGGGAAGAUUUCAAUGGUUGAUUCUCCUAGAGAAGUGAUUGGUGCAGUUUUGAAGUAUAUGGGAGCUUCAUACAAUACCUUGGACUUUAACUCGCAAGUUCCUGGUGGAAGGGAUGCUGUCUUGCAGAAUCUGCUGUCACUUCAAAAACAGGUUCGGCUAUUCGAUAGUGUACACUAUCUAAAGGCCUUUGUAGUUGGAGAUGUGUGGGUUGCUGUUGGAUGGAGCAGCGAUGUUCUUCCUGCUGCGAAGCGCAUGUCAAAUGUUGCUGUGGUGGUUCCCAAGUCCGGAGCUAGUCUAUGGGCAGACUUAUGGGCGAUCCCCGCUGCCUCAAAAUUUGCUUCAGAACGGAUUGGUGGGAGAAUAAGGGGUCCAUCUCCAUUAAUUCACCAAUGGAUGGAAUUCUGUUUACAAGCUGCAAGAGCUCUACCAUUUCAACAAGAAGUUAUUCCUGGAUCAUCUCCCGUUGCUCUUGAACAAAAUCCUCCAAUUGACGGGUUUCAAGAUACCGAAAAUGGGAAGCCGAAGUUGGACACUAACCUCAUUUCUGGAGUACCCCCAUCUGAAAUUUUAGCGAAGUGUGAGUUUUUAGAGCCAUUAACUGAUACUACAUUAACGGAUUAUCAAGUGCUAAUCAACAGUAUGCAGAGGAAACCUAGUCACCGUAUGAUGGACAACUUGCAAUGUUCUAUCUUAUCAAUUGUUCAGAGUUUUUGGUUGAAACCCAGUCUGAGAGAACCCUGAUAUUUCAGUUCAUAGUCUUGGAUGUAUCUUUUAAUCCUUGUCGUAAACAGAUGAGAGUGUAUAAUAAGGUUUGGGAUCUUAUGCCUUGCAUGUUCUAUUUUUUUGUAAAAAUUAAUAAAACAUUCAUAAUCAUGAAGCCACAAGAA